GAGGGAUAAAGGACUUGGAGGAGGUCUCACUUGUGUUUCCUGGAGGAGAGGAGAAUGGCAAGUCUGGAUGUCAGUCUGGUCCUCUUGCUGCUGUGGUCCACAUGUGUACACGCUCAGUGGUGGACUUUCAUCUGGGCAAGUCCCAGGAGCACCUCUGCUCCUGCACCCACACCCUCAGACCUACCUGGGACAGCAGUGUGGGACCAGACCCCGGCCACCGUAGUCAUCACGUCCACACCUGUGGGCGGGACACAAGGUCCAGGUGUGACCAGGGCUCUGAGCGGUCCCGGCAGAUCCCGCUUCAAACCGCUGAAGCGCUGGAAGACUGGUUCCGGCAGUCACCUGGACCUGACGGAGUUAAUCGGCGUCCCCCUCCCUCCUUCCGUCUCCUUCACCACGGGCUUCCAGGGCUUCCCCGCCUACAACUUUGGGCCUGAAGCCAACAUCGGCAGACUCACCAAGACCUUCGUGCCGGGGUCAUUCUACGUGGACUUUGCCAUCAUUGUCACGAUACGGCCGGCCAGCCAGAGAGGAGGUGUGCUCUUUGCCAUCACAGAUGCCCGUCAGAAGGUGGUGGAGCUGGGCUUGGCCCUCACUCCGGUCCGUGCGGGGCUCCAGAGUAUUUUACUGUACUACACCGACAGCCAGGAGUCCUCCCACAGCCACAAAGCUGCUGCCUUCAGUGUGCCAGACAUGACCGACACGUGGACACGCUUCACCGUUGUGGUGGAGCGCGAUGAGGUGCGCCUCUACAUGGACUGCGGGGAAGCCGAGAGGACCACCUUCAGCCGGAGGCCGGACCGACUCACUUUCUCGCGCAACUCCGGCAUUUUCGUGGCAAACGCGGGAAGCACGGGGCUGGACAAGUUUGUGGGGUCCAUUCAGCAGCUGAUCAUCAAAGACCACCCCAUGGCGGCAGAGGAGCAGUGUGAGGACGACGACCCUGACGUGUCAGGGUAUGGCAGUGGGGACGACGACAGGGACACAGAAGAGGACAGCGCGCAGGGCAGGACAGCGCAGGAAGAAUCUGCUCCAGUCAGAGCUCCGCCCACAAAGGCUCCAAAGUUGGAGGGGGACAAAUAUUCUGUGGAGCCCAAUGAACAAGUCUUGCUUAAAGGACCUGAGCAUAAAAACAAUCCUGAGGCAAGUUCUGAUGAGGGUCACGUCAGGCACGCUUCUAAAGGAGAAACUGGAGAACCUGGACCGAGCGGACCGCCUUGUCCUCCUGGGCCCACUCGCUCACCUGGGCCCAGAGGUCCGCCAGGACCAGCAGGGACCUCUGGAGACCCGGGACAGCCCGGCAGAGACGGACAGCAGGGCGUGAAGGGCGAGAAAGGAGACGGCGGCCAGAGGGGACCGCAGGGAUUUCCAGGUUUGGGUGGCGAUGCUGGAGUCAAAGGUGAUAAGGGAGACCCUGGAUCUGGUUUACCAGGACCACCUGGCCUUCCUGGGCCCCCUGGGCCGCCCAGAUCGCGGAGCGUACCUUAUGGAGACGAUGCCCUGGGUUCUGGGUUUGGGGACCUGGAGACCGACACUGAGCUCAUUAGGGGGCCCCCUGGGCUGCCGGGGCCUCCAGGACCACCUGGUCUUCCUGGGCCCGACCCAUCAUCAGGUGACCUUGACCGGGGCCUCUUUCACACCUAUGCUGGGCCAACUGGGGCCCCGGGGAAAGAUGGAGUCAACGGCCAACCGGGAGUACCAGGUCCAGCAGGUAAAGGUGGCUCUGCAGGCUCACCUGGUGCUGUUGGAGAGAAGGGUGACAGAGGCUUGUCUGGAUCACCUGGACCUAAGGGCGAACGUGGGUCUGUGGGCAUAGCCGGGUCAGCGGGACCGCAAGGGCCCGGCGGUCCUCCAGGAAAAAGAGGCCCACCAGGACCCCCUGGGCCCCCCGCUUCUGCAGCAACCCAAUUCUUUGUGGAGGACAUGGAGGGCUCUGCUGAGAGCCACAUGCUCACUGCAGCCACAGUCCCAGUCCCAGGGCCACAGGGUGCCCCCGGUCUACCUGGUCCAGCAGGUCCCAAGGGUACAGGUGGGGCCCCGGGUCCACCAGGACUCUCCAUCAAGGGUGACAGAGGGGAUCCAGGUCCAGACGGCAUGCCAGGUCCUGCUGGAUUACCAGGUCCCAGGGGCAUUAAAGGAGAACAUGGUGCUUCAGGUCAAAAGGGAGAUUGUGGAGUGGAUGGACUUAACAUCAUGGGACCCCCUGGGGCCCCUGGACCUCCAGGACCUGUCAUUAGUCUGUCAGAUGUGCUCCUCAACGUCACAGCAGGGGUCUUCAACUUCACAGAGAUCAGAGGACCACCCGGCCUGGCCGGUCCUGAAGGUCUGCCUGGCAAAGCUGGAUUUCCUGGUCCCAGAGGGCCAAAGGGCAACAUGGGCCCCACAGGCAUCCAGGGGCCAGCAGGGCUGAAGGGUGCAAAGGGCGAGCCAGGGGUCACCAUUGCUGCUGAUGGAUCCCUGUCAUCUGCACCAAGGAGCCCCCAGGGUCCUAAAGGCAUCCAGGGUGACCAUGGUUUUCCUGGACCUGCUGGACCAAUGGGCCCACAUGGACCUCCAGGACAAAAAGGAGAGUAUGGAUUCCCUGGACGUUUAGGACGACCUGGCAUGAUUGGCAGGAAAGGAGAAAAAGGAGAUUGUGUCCAGCAAGCGGGACCUCCUGGUCCACCAGGUCCACCUGGACUUCCAGGGAGAAUCAUGGGACUAAAUGGAACCGUGUUCCGGGUGCGCCCCAGACCGCACUGCAAAGAGGGAGCAGGAACAAAGUCAGGUGUGACUUCUAAGGGAGACGUGGGCACACCUGGGGAGCAUGGCACACCUGCUCCUCCCCUACUAGAAGGAAGUGCUGGUGCUAAAGGUGACCAGGGAUCCAAAGGUCAGAGGGGAGAAAAGGGUGACCCGGGCCCACCUGGUCCUCCAGGACUGCCAGGGCGGUCAGGACUUGUGGGCCCAAAAGGCCAGUCAGUCAUUGGCCCACCAGGCCCCUCUGGUUCUCCGGGCCAGCGUGGAGCCCCGGGGUUCGGACGCCCUGGUCCAAGAGGGUCCACGGGCCCGGCAGGACCCCCAGGACCAGUGCUGGCCGCUGGAUCAGCAGGUGUCAAGGUCCCAGGCCCCCCUGGUCCUCCAGGACCUCCAGGACACGUCAACCCGGUGAGCGCCUACAAGACAGUCCAUGCUCUGACCAGAGAGACCCAGAGGGCUGCAGAGGGAACCCUGGCCUACGUGUCUGAGAGCGGCGGACAUCUGUACAUCAGAUCACACGGCGGCUGGCGCCAGGUCCAGCUCGGGGAGAUGAUCCGUUCUGAGUCAGCACCUGAGAGCCAGAGCAAAGCAGCAGAGAGGAGCAGACCACACAGUCAGGAGCUGCAGGAGGGGGGGAGAAGAUACCAGCCCAGUUAUAACAUCCUGCCUCACACCUUCACUGCCGUGGCUGGGCUCCACCUGGUGGCUCUGAACGCCCCACUGAGAGGGGACAUGAGGGGCAUCCGGGGGGCAGACUUCCAGUGCUACCAGCAGGCUGCUGCCCUGGGACUGACCAGCACCUACAGGGCCUUCCUGUCCUCACACCUGCAGGACCUGGCCACCGUGGUCAGGAAAGCAGACCGCAGCGACAUGCCGGUGGUCAAUCUGAGGGGGGAGAUGUUGUUCACCAGCUGGACCUCCAUCUUCUCUGAACACGGAGGAACAUUCGACCCAUCCAUACCCAUCUACUCCUUCGAUGGACGCAACGUGAUGACACACUCUGCAUGGCCCGAGAAGCUGAUCUGGCACGGUUCCAGCGCCGCAGGAAUCCGCGCAACCACAAACUACUGCGAAGCGUGGCGGACCGACGACAUGGCGGUGACGGGCCAGGCGGCGCUGCUUCAGACGGGACGCUUGUUGGGCCAACACACGCGCUCCUGCUCCCAGCAAUACAUGGUGCUGUGCAUAGAGAACACCUACGUGCACACCAGCAGCUGAAGGACACACACAAACAAACGUGUCACAUAAACAUGUCACACAAACAAACGUGUCGCACAAACAAACGUGUUGCGCUAACAAACGUUUUACAUAAACAUGUUACGAAAAGAAGCGUGUAAAAAGUGCAUCCAUUAUUAGAGUACUAACACCAUCUGGACAUGCAGAAGCUGCAGCUUCACAAACAUCACAAUGACUGUUCACUUUUGAUUGUCAUCUUCACAACAGUAUGUUGUAUUUAUUCACACCUUGACAAAAUGUGUCAAGAUUUUGUAGGAUUUUUUUUUUAACCAGUUUACUGUCACAACCCAUUAGUGAUCCUUGUUGUUUGUGUUCCUGUAACAAGUUAGGCAUGGAUGUCUGUAUUUUCUACUAGGAUGACAUCAUUUCCAUAUUUAUACCACAAUGUAGCAAGUUGACUUUCACAUUGUGAUGAAAGAAUGAAUGUACAGUUGAUAUAAAUGUUCAUGUCCACACAUGAGCUAGACAUUGUUUAUAGUUUUCUCUCACCAAGUAUUGAUUGUGAUUUUAGUUCUGCACAGUAACAGAAGUUUUGUUUUUUUAAUGUUGUUUUCCGUCAUGUUUGAUUUUGCUGUUGAAACAAAACUUGAGAACUUUUGUACUGACUGGCUGAUUGUCACUGAAUAAAUAUCUAAAUACAAUUUUGUUUUUUUAAAGAAUUGCCUUCCUGAGUUUAAUAUUAGGGCCGUGCAGCUGCAAAAUAAUCCACCAUAGAGCCUGUAAUUAUACACUUAUAACAUACAGUAAUAGUCCAAAGUCAUCACAGGUCUUGAAGUUUGUGUUUUCAGA